AUUGGGAGAUGGAUGUGUUUGCCUCAUUCUUCAUGGUGUUAUCUUCAGCUAGGGUGAGGCGGAAAAGUGAAGAUAAGCUAUGGUGGGUCCCCUCUAGAGAAGAAGAGGUUGUUUGAGGUUAGGUCCUUCUACAGUGCCUUGGUCUGUAGUGAAGGCUUCCGCUUUUCUUGGAAGAGUGUUUGGUGGUUCCUUUGAGGAUGGCCUUCUUCACUUGGUCGGCAGCUUUAGGAAAGCUAUUUACCAUAAAAAUCUCAAGAAGCAGCAUGUAUUGUGGUUGACAGGUGUUGCAUGUGUAAAAGGAAUGGGGAGACCGUGGACUAUCUUCUUCUCCAUUGUGAGGGAGGAUAUCGAGGCUUUUAUUCUAAGAAUACCAUCAAAUUGACACCUAAAGUUGUCAAUGAUAUUCAUAAACGUGGUGGCACCUUUCUUCGCACUUCACGAGGAGGUCAUGAUACCAGUAAGAUAGUUGAUAACAUUCAGGACCGGGGAAUAAAUCAGGUGUACAUUAUUGGAGGAGAUGGUACCCAAAAAGGAGCAGCUCUGAUUUCCAAGGAAGUUGAGAAGCGUGGUCUUCAAGUGUCAGUUGCUGGGAUUCCCAAGACAAUUGAUAAUGAUAUUGCUGUCAUAGACAAAUCUUUUGGUUUUGAUACUGCUGUUGAAGAAGCUCAAAGGGCUAUUAAUGCUGCACAUGUGGAGGUUGAAAGUGUGGAAAACGGAGUUGGAAUUGUUAAACUCAUGGGCAGAUACAGUGGUUUCAUUGCCAUGUAUGCAACUUUAGCAAGUCGAGACGUGGAUUGUUGCUUGAUUCCGGAGUCUCCAUUCUAUUUGGAAGGCCACGGUGGGCUUUUUGAAUUUGUUGAAGAGAGACUUAAAGAAAAUGGACAUAUGGUUAUUGUGUUAGCAGAAGGAGCAGGCCAGGAUUAUGUUUCUCAGGACUCGCAUCCGGUUGAUGAGAAAGAUGCAUCGGGAAACAGGCUACUACUAGAUGUUGGUCUAUGGUUAUCUCAUAAGAUCAAGGAACAUUUUACAGAUGUUAAGAAGAUGGCGAUAAAUAUGAAGUAUAUAGAUCCAACAUACAUGAUUCGAGCUAUUCCAAGCAAUGCAUCAGACAAUGUCUACUGUACCCUUCUUGCUCAUAGUGCUGUUCAUGGGGCCAUGGCUGGAUACACUGGUUUCACGGUUGGACCUGUGAACAGCAGACAUGCAUAUAUUCCAAUUUCUCAUGUGACUGAGACACAAAACACAGUGAAGCUGACAGAUAGAAUGUGGGCUAGACUUCUGGCUUCAACAAAUCAACCUAGUUUCUUGAACCGUGAUGAGGUGAUCCCAGAAAAAGUUGAUCAAGAACUAUCGAAGGCAUGAAGAUUACAUCAAUCUAGAUAUUACGGAUGGCACCAUUUCUUGAUUCUUACAUUUGUGGUCAGAGCUCCUGAUCUUGCAAUUCUGAAAGGUUCUCUGGUUGCUCUCCUUACAUGGAAUAUCUUUUGAGUACAAGGUGGCUCAAAGUCAAGGUAUGAGAUAUUAUGACUUGGCUGCUGUCAUCUUAAGUUUGAGUAUUCCAAGAUAAUUUGAUUAUAAAUGAUUUUAUUGGAAGAUUUCUUAGAUUCAAAGGAUAUCUCAAUGUAUUCUCCAACAAUGGCUCAUCUCAAUUAUUUUGAAAUCUAAUAUAAAAUCUCUAUUAAAUCU